AUGCCAUUGAAUAAAGAUAUUGAAAAUACAGUGUUAACAUAUCCGUUCCCAUGUGAUGGUUCCUUUGAAAUAUCUGAUAUACAAAAAUUUAUGAUCGUUGCACGACAUUCAUCGUGUUCAUACAAUGAUUGUACUUGUUUAGGAUGGAAACCUAUUGAUAACCCAAAUAAAAUCAUAAAAAGAGAGUGUAUAAAAUGUGGUCAUACUAUUUAUCAGCAUGUUGGUGAAGUAGAUAUUGAAAGUGAUGCAAAAGAUGAAUUUUUUCGAAAAGUUAAAGUUGCUAAUAGAUGUGAUGAGUUGUUGAACGAGAAUGGCAUGUUAUUUGAUUUUGAUUAUAUAAAUGAUGAUAUUAAAUCAUUAAGAAAACAAAUGAUACUUCCUAGUGAUUCACUUGGUUUUAAUAGAAGUUUAAAAAGGGGGUAUUCUGUUGAUGAAUCACUUUCGAGUUUUAAAAAAUAUAAAAAUUUUCAAGAAAAUAUGAAUGACAAUGAUGCAGAGGUAGAUGAAAAUGAUUCUAGAUGUAAUUGUUAUACGUUUUCUAUAAAAGAAAAACCUGUUGUCAUUGAAGAACGACAAGGUCUUAUUGAAUUUCGUGUUGUGAAUAAUGAUAAUUCUCGUGAUAACCUAAUAAUACUUACGGGACUUAAAAAUAUUUUCCAAAAACAACUUCCUAAGAUGCCUAGAGAGUAUAUUGCUAGGUUAAUUUAUGAUCGGAAUCAUUUGUCUAUGGCUAUUGUAAAAAAGCCAUUAACAGUUGUAGGCGGUAUUACUUAUCGUCCUUUUUAUCAUAGAAGAUUUGCUGAAAUUGUAUUUUGUGCAAUAACAUCUUCUGAACAAGUAAAGGGUUAUGGUUCACAUUUAAUGAAUCAUCUUAAGGAUUAUGUUAAAGGAACUUCUUCAAUUAUGCAUUUUUUAACAUAUGCAGAUAAUUAUGCUAUUGGUUAUUUCAAAAAGCAAGGAUUUUCUAAAGAUAUUACAUUAGAUAAACCUAUUUGGAUAGGCUAUAUUAAAGAUUAUGAAGGUGGAACUAUUAUGCAAUGUACUAUGUUGUCAAGAGUACGUUAUUUAGAGUCUUCUCAGAUGUUAGCUAAACAAAAGUAUGCUAUUCAAGAGAUUAUUAGGAAAAAAUCUAAAUCGCAUAUUAUAUAUCCUGGAUUAGAUGUGUUUAAAAAAGGUGCUAUUUCAAUAGAUCCGCUUUCAAUUCCUGGUUUAAAAGAAAUAGGAUGGUCGCCUGAAAUGGAUGAAUUUGCACAAAGACCUAAACGUGCUGUUUUUUUUCUCACUCUUCAACAUUUACUUACUGAAAUGCAAAAUCAUCCAUCUUCUUGGCCAUUUAUUCAACCUGUAAAUAAGGACGAAGUUCCGGAUUAUUAUGAUGUUAUAAAAGAGCCUAUGGAUUUGUCAACCAUGGAGUUUAAAUUAGAAAAUGAUCAGUAUGAUUCUGUAGAAAGUUUUUUGUAUGAUGCAAAAUUAAUAUUUAAUAACUGUCGGUCAUAUAAUAAUGAAACAACAACAUAUUAUAAGAAUGCUACUAAAUUGGAAAAAUUUUUAAUUUCAAAAAUAAAAGAAACUGAGUAUAAUUAUUUUACUUAA